AUGGAGCAUAGUGAGUCAGUUACACCCGUCGAUUACAUCACUAUACUCAACAAAGUCUAUAAGGACAACGCCGAAGCCAAAGCGAUAUUGUUGUCUCAUGGAGAAUCAAUCUACAGACUGGCUGAGGAGAUCUCGAAGAAGCACCCCGAGUACAAUGUCAACUUACAAUUUGUGAAGGAAGCUGCUUAUCUCCACGACAUCGGAAUAAAAUUUGUUUCAGCACCAGCCCUCCACUGCAAUGGAACAGAGAAGUACAUCUUACAUGGGCCACUUGGUGCGGAUUUAUUGAGAACUAUGAACUUGGAAGCACUUGCUCGUGUAGCUGAGAGACACACGGGUACGGGACUCACUGCACAGAACGUCCAAAAACAAAACAUCUUGGUGAGUACACAGAGAAACAUGAUGCCUCAAACCAUCGAAGAAAAGAUUGUGUGUUACUGCGACAAAUUCUACUCGAAGACAAAACUCGACCAAAUCAUCCCAUACGAAGACAUCAAAGACAAAUUAUCGAAACACGGCGAUGACGUUGUACAAAGACUUGACAUGCUCCACAACAUGUUCAUGUAA